AUGAUUUAUCAAGGAAUAAAAAAGCUCAAAAUAUUUAAAAAUUUUCGAGUCAAAGACAUUACAUCCUUACUGCAACCUUGUUUUUUUCUAUGUCGUAUUUUCGGGUUAUUUCCUUAUAACAUUGUCACUGCGGAAGUUAGCUUUUCUAAACCAUGGUACAUAUUCUCAUCAAUAUUCAUGUCGAUAAAUGUUGGUUGUGGUAUAUUCCUUUUUUAUCAAUCACACGUGUCCAAAGUCUUAGCAUUUAAUAGUGUUCCAGGGAUGCUGCAAGGAAAUUGUUAUUUUAUAAUGUGUACUGUUGUUGGGUUAACCACGUUUUUUCUUAGUGUUUCUCGAGUUUCUUUCCUUCAAGAUUUAUUGAAAAUCUCGGCGAAUAUUUCUAGUGAAUCCUUGAAAAAAAUCGGAAUCUUUGUUUAUAUGAAGGAUAUCUUAGGCUUUAUUUUUUUAAUUGGACAAAUUCCUAACCUGUAUGAUAAAAAUGUUUACAUAGUUUUACUAAAAGCAUUUGGAUUGAUUUGCACAUUAGUGAUUUUUCUGACUGACAUGCUAUAUAUGGACUGCGUGACAGUGCUUUAUAUAUGUUUUGAAAACAUCAAUAUAAAUCUUCUUGAAUUGAAAAACAACAUUCUAACCGAAGAAUCGCAGUUGUGGAUGAGGUUUUUUCAUGAACGAAAGAAUCCUAUCCUGCUGCUCAAAUUACGGACGAUUAAAAAAAUGCAUCAUGCUUUGAGUGAUGUUAUGGAAAAACUCAAUUCGACAUUUAGUUUUCAAAUUGGGGCAUCAGUGACUUUAACAUUUGCAGAAGUUACGUUUAGUUUGUAUUUUUAUUUAUUACACAAUCAGAACGAAAAAAAAAUAGAUCUUGAAAGACAAAUUUGGUAUUCGUAUUUUUUAACUUCAAUUACGUUUUAUUGUACAAAAUUGGUUGGAAUUAUUUGGAUAUGUCAAAUGACUAAGGAUGAAGCAAUAAGGACAGGUUCAUUAGUUCAUGAGAUUCUUAUUAAUACUGAAGAAACACUAUUUAAAGAAGAGCUCCAAUUAUUCUCCUUGCAAAUACUUCAUCGAGAUAAUAUUUUGACAGCGCAAGGAAUAUCUUUGGAUGCGCGUUUAAUUACUACGAUUGUAGGUGGAAUUACAACGUAUCUAUUAAUAUUGAUACAGUUCCUCAUAUCGGCAAAAACUCCCUGUGAAGACUAA